UGCUUAUUGUUUGGCCGACCUUUUUGCAUUGAUUGCAACGGAGGAAUUAGAAUCGGUAAACCUACUGUACUAAUCAGAGAUCAAAAACUCUAAUCCGCCAUUAAUCAGCGAUCAGAAUCAAGUCCACAUCCACAACUCUCACUUCCAUUUGUCGCAAACAAAAAAGUGAACAGCGACAACGAAGAUAGCGGCAGCUGCUUCGGAUUUGGAAAUCAGAAGCCGCAGAGCUACUUUAUUUUUUUUUUGACAUGUCGUUCGUAGCUGGUUUGGUGAUCGGAUUGGUCGUCGGCUUAGCGCUCAUCGUUGCUUUCGUCCGCUCCGAAAAUGCCCGAUCCAAGCACCGCUCCGACCUCGCUGCUACGGUUACGUCGUUUGCGAGAAUGACGGUGGAGGAUUCGAGGAAGUUGUUGUCGCCGGAGUACUAUCCUUCCUGGGUGGUGUUUUCGCAGCGCCAGAAGUUGACUUGGCUUAAUGUUCAGCUCGAGAAGAUCUGGCCAUACGUGAAUGAGGCUGCGUCGGAGCUGAUAAAGGCUAAUGUGGAGCCAGUCCUCGAGCAAUAUAGGCCAGUUAUAUUAGCUUCUUUGACCUUUUCCAAGUUCACGCUUGGAACUGUGGCCCCGCAGUUCACAGGAGUUUCAAUAAUUGAAGAUGGAAGUGAAGGAAUCACUAUGGAGUUAGAAAUGCAAUGGGAUGGAAACCCCAAUAUAGUACUUGAUAUCAAGACUUAUCUUGGUGUUGGUCUUCCUGUGCAGGUGAAAAAUAUUGGGUUCACUGGUGUCUUCAGGUUGAUUUUCAGACCAUUAGUGGAUGAGAUUCCUUGCUUUGGAGCUGUUUGCUUUUCAUUACGUCACAAGAAAAAGCUGGAUUUCACACUCAAAGUUGUGGGAGGAGACAUAUCAACAAUACCUGGCCUUUCUGAUGCCAUUGAGAGUACAAUAAGAGAUGCUGUAGAAGAUUCUAUUACAUGGCCAGUUCGAAAAGUAAUCCCUAUAAUACCUGGAGAUUACAGCGACCUUGAACUGAAGCCUGUUGGGAAGUUGGAGGUGAAGCUCGUGCAGGCAAAGGAGUUAACAAAUAAAGACAUUAUAGGGAAAUCUGACCCUUACGCUGUUUUAUAUGUCCGGCCUUUGCGUGAUAAAAUGAAGAAAAGCAGGACUAUUAACAACCAGUUGAGUCCAGUCUGGAAUGAACAUUUUGAGUUUGUAAUUGAAGAUCUUGCAACUCAGCAUUUGACCGUAAAAAUCUAUGAUGACGAAGGGCUUCAGGCAGCUGAACUAAUUGGAGCCGCUCAAGUUCAGCUUUCUGAGCUUCAGCCUGGCAAGGUGAAGGAUGUGUGGCUCAAACUGGUGAAAGAUUUGGAGAUUCAAAGAGACACUAAAAAUAGGGGCGAGGUGCACUUGGAGGUUUUGUAUUGCCCUAAUGGCAUGCAGAGUGGGUUAAUCAAUCCCUUUGCCCAAAAAUACUCUAUGACUUCACUGGAGAAGGUAUUCAAAAAUGGAGCAGAUGGCGGAAGUAAUAUGAAUGGAAAUGGUGGUGAAGGAAACAAUGGAAGGGAUGUCAUCAUAAGAGGGGUACUCUCUGUCACGAUCAUUUCAGCCGAAGACUUGGCACCAGCUGACCUCAUGGGGAAGGCUGACCCUUAUGUAGUUCUCACUAUGAAGAAAACUGAAUCGAAAAAUAAAACCAGGGUUGUGAAUGAAUGUCUGAAUCCUGUCUGGAAUCAGACUUUUGAUUUUGUUGUCGAGGAUGGACUACACGAUAUGCUCACUCUCGAACUGUGGGACCACGAUACAUUUGGGAAGGAUUACAUGGGAAGAUGCAUCUUAACAUUGACGAGGGUUCUAAUGGAGGGCGAAUACAAAGAUUGCUUCCCUCUCGACGGAGCUAAGUCAGGAAAGCUCAAUGUCAAUCUCAAGUGGACUCCGCAACCCAUAUACCGAAUGUAGCAUCUUCCACAUCCAAGCAAGCACUAGAUAGGACGUGCCCAUCUAUAUACAUGUAUACACAGAGAGAGAAAGGCAUAGUCAUAUUCUUCCCAAAUACAUCAACCAAUAAUCGUCUAGUGAUGUGAUUUUAGAAGUGAUUUUUGUGUGUAAAAUGUCUUUCUGUUGUAUAUACAAAGAUUCAAGCAAUGGUACAAAAUUUGGGGUUGGACACCGGAAGGAUAUCAUUCCUAAGGAAGCAUAUAUUGCAAUAACGUGA